AGUGAAAAUUGAAUUAUUUAACCCCAGCGCGCGAAAAUCCCGAAAUUAUAGAGGGAAAGGAAGGAAGGAAGAAGAAGAAGAACUGCGAAAAUCCAAAAGCUAGAUCCCAAUUCAAUCAUAUAUCUCUUCUCCUUCAAUCAUCUCAACCUUCUUCGAUCAUCCUCCUCUGCUUCCAUCUCCAAAUCGUUACAAAGAUGGGAGACGAAACGGUGGAUGUGAUCGAAGCCAAGUACAUCUCGGGACUCAGCACCGUCAUGGUCGCGACUAUUCAAGAAGCCAAGGACAGAAUCUCUCAGAUCGAGUACAUUUUCUGUAGCCAGCUGUUCCCUAACUUCCAAUCCAAAUCCAAAGCCUUUGAAAAAGUCUACUCAGACGCUCGUCUCGCUGCUUGCGACGCGUGGAAAGAGAGGGAGAAAGAUCUGUUGUCCCAGAUCGAGGAGCUCAAGGUAGAGAAUCUUGGCUUGGUAAAGGACAAGGAGAAGCUAUCUGAAGAAAACGAUAAGCUUGUUUCUAUGCCUUUGAGGGUGAAGAGUCUUGAAGACUACAUUGCUCACUUAGAAAGGAAGUGGAAGAGUAGAUCUGAGGAAGUUGGGAACGGUAUAGAGCUGUAUACUGGGUUGGUUGAGGUGUUGCAGGUUAAGGGUUCGGAUGUGUUAGGCCAAGAUGAGGUAAAGAUGCUGCUUUCGGAAGUGAAGAGACUUAAGGAGGAACUUUGUAAGAGAACGUUGGUGACGGAGAAUCUGUUGAAAAAGGUGGAGCAUCUGUCUACGGAAGCUGCAGAGAGCGAAAGGAAGUUAAGCAGCUGCGAAGAACAGAGACAGAGAUUGACAAAUAGGUUGCAGGUGUUUGAGGAGAAUGUUGGUAGACUAGAAGAGAUGUUAAGGAAGAAGACUGACGAGCUCGAGGUUUCGCAGGGUAAACUCAACAUGACAGAGAAAGAAAUGUUCAAGUGUAAACAGAGGAUUGCAGAUCAUGGGAAAGCAAAGGCCUUAGGAGAAGAACAUGGUGGUAUGAAUAUGCAGGUUAAAGAUAAAAGCUACUUGGCUGAGUUAGAAGCUUUACGCUGCCAGAGUGAGGAGAAAUCAGUAGAGUUAGCUACGGAGAUAAAGAAGAAAAACGAAGCGAUCAGUGCUUUUAAAAAACUCAAGUCUCAAUAUAACUAUCUCCGCAAAAGGUUCGGGCUUACUACUGACAGUGAUCUACAACAAAGCCAACUUGAGAAUGAGAGUAACCAACUGGGACAACAUGAGAGACCAGCCAUCUCUAAGUCUCUUGAAAGGAAACACCCAGAAGCAGACAAAGUGAGAAUUGGUACUGGCUCAAGGAUCAACAAUGAGAAAGAAAGUAUAACCAAUACGUUGCGGACACCUACUACUUCCAUUUCACCCAUUACGCGGCCACCUAGUGUAAGAAGUGACCCUUCAUCGGGUGCAAAAUCUGUACAGCUAAGUGGAUCAAAGCGUCCAGCUUCCAUUUGGAGAGACACAAGGUCACGCCAAUCACCUGGAGGCAAUGACCCUCAUGAUGAUUUUCUAGACACUCCCAUCGAGAACAUCAAAAGGGUCGCUGUGGAAGAAAAACAUGUCCCCGUUGCUGCUGCUGCUGAAAAAAAUGCUGAUUCAGACGAUGAGACGCAGGACAUGAACCCCAAACCGAGUCCCUCAAGGCAGAGAAUUCAAGAGGCGGAAACGAGUAAAAAAGGUUUCAAGCAUGUGGAAUCUGUGAGGAAGAAAGCCGAGAGGGAGAAUCUGAAAGGGAUAGAGUGUAAGCAGUGCAAGAAGUUCUAUGACGCUGUUCAUCCUGAGGAGAAUGAAGGGAAUGGUAAAAACUUGAGAUGUGAGCAUCAUGAAGGUGUGUCGAGGCAUCGUUACAAAUACGCUCCUCCAAUGACUCCUGAAGGGUUUUGGAACAUCGGGUUUGAAUCCGAAAUGUGAUAUGAUUAUCUUUAGUUCUUUGGUCUUGUAGUCAAACAAGAUUUAAGCCCAUUGUUUAGAUGGCCUUGGACCUAUCUAUCUAAUAAAGUCAGAUAUAUACACAUACACUAGUAUUCUAUUUUGUUGGCUUCGCUAAACUAUUCUCUCAUAAAAUUGUAAUUUUUUUUUACUUUUGUUUUAUCGAAGUAAAAGUUGUCAAUUUUGGAGCUGGA